CUCUUCCACCGCAGCAAGGUGAGAGAGAGAGAGAGGCCGGUAGCAGGAGAGGAUAUAGGUAGAGUGAGAGAGUGAGUGAGUGAGCCCACCGAGGUCAGAAGGAAGUCACGUAGGCCCACCAUGUUCGGCAAGUUGGGCAAGUUCAUGGAGUCGGCGUCCAAGCUCGUGACGGGCAAGGCAAGCAACCCGGUUGACGAGUUUACCACUCUGUGGUCGGAGAUCAAUGACUUUUUCACAAGGCCUCAUGAUGAGGACGUGCCGGUCAAGGAGACGUCACUACCGUGGCGAUUGGAGCGGAUGCUCAAUGUGCUGGUCAAAGAGCAGGAGAGGAUGGCAGAGGCGGGAGCAGCGGCCAACGAGAGUGAGGAUGCAAGCGCGUCGGACAGCAGCUCGCGGUCGUCAAACUCGAAGCGCCGCCGUCGUCCAAAGGCCUCCAUCGCUGCAGGACCAUGUAUGGAAGAGUUCAUCGAGAAGCGCAUGCUGCAGACGCUGUAUUCGUUCGCCAAGGCCAACUACCCAUAUGGCAUGCACGCCCUUGUCCUCGACUUUACCGCCGAGCUACUGAGCAACUCGCAGACGUCGCUCAUCCCGCACGUCGGCAUCCAUGCCCCACUCAACAAGCUCAUCGACGCCUCGCUCGCCUCACGCGACGCCCGCUACUUUACCAGCUUCCUCAAGCUUCUUCGUGCGGUGUGCAAGGUCCUCGUCCGCGACCCCUCGCUCAUCCAGUUUAUGAUUGUUGAGACCGCCGAUAGCCCGCCGACCAUGCCUGUUCUCGUCGGCCUCGGCUACUCGAUGAACGUCGAGGUCGAGCAGAGCUCCGACGCACGCGCUCGCAUGGGCACCAUGGCCCGCUCCGCCAUCCUUGCCCUCCUCACCACCCCCUCAGGCCGCCUCCGCAGCGCUGUCCUCGCCGCGGACCUGCCCGAGUCGAUGGUUAAGGCACUCGGCGCUCUCUUCGCCGCCCUCCCGCCCGCCGAGUCGGCUGCCGACGCCAGCGCCAACCCGCUCCGCACCGCCCUCCAGGACCAAGCCGAGUUUGUCGGCAACGUCGCCCGUCUCGGCGGCGGCUCCAUUGCCCGUGCUGCCGCCAACGCCAUCACCGCCUCGUUCCUCGGUCCCAUCCUCGGGCCGGCGCUCGAGGCCACCAUCGACAAUCAGGCCGAGACUGCCAUGCGCAACGCUGCCGUCGUUGUCCGCGCCCUCGGCCACCCGGCGCUUGUCGACGCCCUCGGCGCCUUCCUCUUUGGCCCGGGCGCGCCGCUCCGCAGCACACUCAUCAACCGCGUCGAGGCCAUGUCGGAUGCCGUCGCACUCGCCGCACUCGAUCUCUUUGUCGCCCUCCUCAGCGGCUACUCGGGCUGCGUCCUCGAGCACCUGGUCCUGUGCGAGCUUCGUCCCGCCAGCGACCUCCUCGCUCCGCUGCACGAGCGGACCGGCGGCUCGCACAACGCACUCGAGGCCUUCCUCGCUCUCGGCGUCGUCCACAACCCGUCGUCGCAGCCGCGUCUCGACUACGAGGGCUACCUUCUCGACGCCCAUGCCCGCCUCGCCGCCUGCCUCCAGGCCUAUACCCUCUCGCGCGAGCAGGCAACCGAGCUUGUCGUAGCUGCGCCUCCCGCCGAAGGCGGCCCGCCCGAAGGCGCCUUUCUUGCCGUCAUCUUCAACCGCCUGGAGGCCCUCCUCGAAUCGCCGCUGGAAAUCAACCUCGCAGUCACGCACAUCGUCUCGCUCCUCGCCGUCUACCCCUCUGAGCUCCUUCAUGCCGUCUUGCUUAAUCCGUCGCCGCUCCGCGCCGGCGCCGACAUGCGCACCCUCUACGCCAUCCUCGCCCAAGUCGCCGACGAGAUCGCAGGCCGCUCGCGUCGCCAGAACGACUUUGCCGCAAAGCUCGACGCCGCAAAGCGCUCACUCGGCAUGGACACCGCCCGCGGCGCCGGCGCCGAGGCCGAGGCCCGCAAGCUCGACACCUUUGAGACCUUUGGCCGCGAAGACUUUCUGCAUGGCGUCCUCGUCUUUGAAGAGUUCUGCAAGGAUCUCGCUGGCGUUCUCCUCGCCAAGGCGCCGCUCGCCGCCGCACCGCCGCCCACAGCGCCGGCCUGCGACCCACUAGCUGCCGAGCUCCUUGCCGCCGUCCUCGAAGCCGACGAGGCCGAGGAAGAGGCCGCAAGCACGCCGUUGACCUGACGCGCGCGCGCCAGCGUUGGUGCAUAAACCGUGCCGG